AUGGCAACUGACGAUGGGGAUCCGCUCGACUGGACGCUCGAUGAGGUAGUCGAUUUCCUCUGUCAUAAUCCCCAGACGCCAUGGUCCAACUCGGUCGUGAGGAAUCGCCCCGACCCCGUCGCAUUCGAAGCUGCGCUGCGAGAUAAUUUCAUCACGGGGGAAGUCCUCUUGCAUGACGUUGAUCUGAAAGUCUUACAAGAGGAGUUGGGAAUUAAAGCAUUUGGGCACCGAUCUUCGGUUGCUAGAGCAAUACAAUAUCUUCGGAGAAGAUCUAUCAAGUAUCAGAGUACCCAGGAGAAACCAAACAUUCGAUCUGAGGAUAGCCACGAUGUUCCCCCGGCCCCCUCUUACUUGGAUCAAAUGUCUAUUUCUCAUGUUGGGACUCCUCAACGCGAGUUUCCUCCAAACUCCCGCAUGAUGACACCUCCAGUUUCUGAACUCGGUGCUUCGAGAGGAAAACAUGCAGAGCAUUCCCUUGCUUCAAGCAGAGAAAGCUUCGAUAGUAGAAAACGGAAUGAAAUGACAACUGAGACUGACAGCGAAAACCGCGUCCAAGAGUCCGCCAUCGCCGUCGAUGGCGAAAGGCGUAAACGACGAAGGAUACAACCCUUAUUGCAAGGCCAAGAAGUCACUCACAAAAAGGAUACUUCCAAGCUCGAAGAUGGGUGGGUGGCCAAAGAGUGGUAUAUGGGCCCACACAAGGUUCAAUCUGCUCAGCUGUUUUAUCCAUUCAGCUCUGAGGAUAAUGAUCAGACCUUUGUCAUGCUUGGACCGAAGUUUCCUACAGCCCAGCGUCUGUUUGUGAACAAGUCCCUAAACUAUUUUCACAAGCAGCAUCCCAUUAAGCUACCUUGUGAAAAAGGAAAGGAACAAUGGGCUGUCAUACCCUAUAGAGGGCGGAACGAAGAGACGCGAAGAUAUUUCACGUUGUAUACUUCAAGAAAUGGUAAAGUCAUUGUUAGCCAGGAGAACAUGGAUAAAUGGCCGUUGCUUUGUAAAUCACAGGAUCAAAGAGAGGGCUUGAGCCCGUCUGAUCCGUUUGCCUAUCUCCUCCAGAAGUACCCCAUUGAAAAAGAUGUUCCAGACGAAGCUUGCCCUGUAUACGGCGAGUCUGGCUCUGAAGGCGAUUAUGAUGAGGACACAUGGCAAGAGAUAGACGAUGAGCAAAGAGAUACUGAGCGCGGGAAACCGACCAAGCUGUCUCCCUCGGAACUUGAAACGGUUAUCAAGGAGUGUGCUGCAGAAUAUGAAAACAAAUGGCACGAAAUCAAGAAGCAAAAGGAAGAACAAGGAGCAUGGAAACUGUGGUCAAGAGCAAGACGCUCCAGAAGUACUAACCAGCAAAUCAAAUUCUUAACAAAAGAAAUUGAACUUCAGGAACGACGCCUCAAGAAGGUGCAGGAAACCAUUCGCGGGAAUGAGUACUAUGCAAUUUCGGAGCUCAAACUCCUUUGUCAAAGCAUGGAGCACUCGGUGUUCAAUAUCACCAAGCAGAGAUGGCGCAUAUCGGUGUUGGAGCAAGACAAAUGCCCUCCAAAGGUCGAAACUCCGCAAAAGCAGCGACCAAAACCAAAGCCAAAAUUCUGGAUUGAUGACGAGGAAUCCUUAAGUUCUGAGGAUUCCGACGUUCAUCAUAACGAGCCUCUGGAUGACUUCAUUGACGACUCUGAAAUGCAAAAUGUCCAAGGCGAGGAGUUUGAUCGCACUGAUACCGAUAUGCAAGAUCUUGAAGACGAAAGACCUGGUCGCAAUCCCCUCAGGACUCAAUCACCUAUUAGGCUAUCGUCGAGCAGCAGUGAUGAUAAUAUUAUAAGUCCCUCUGGGAAGAGACGCAAAUCAAAGGCCCGAAAGCGCAACCCCUUGAGCCUCCGUUCUUCUUCGUCGCCAGAUGUUCCUGCCAAGGAACAAAAGCCAGAACCAAAAACAGACCUGAUUGAUCUCACAAUGGACACCCCUUCUCCUGCUGAUGAUCUAACCAUCGAGACUCCUCCUUUGAAUCCCAUGGUACCUAAUAAAUCGCACCCUAUCUCAGCUAAUGUUGCUAUCAAGUCAGAAAGGAGUUCAAUAUCUCCCGGCCCGACGCUUCCUCAACGAAUAUCCGUUGAGAUACCGACAUUCAAGCAAUCAUUUACAAAGCCUGCAAACAAUGAUUUACCUGAUGUCAACGAUUUUCCUGCGCUAGUCAAAUUAAGCUGGACGAGAAUCGAAGAGCGUUCGGAUCGAGGAAGACUCUUGGCCAAGUUGAUCGGAGGCUUACCUGACGGAGAACGGCUGACCAUGGCAAAUCAUAUCCCGGCUUACGGAGUGAAGCGUCUUAAACAUCAUAUUCACGAUGCUUUGAAUGCAUUGACUGAAAGUGAGAAGCAAAUACCCGGCUUUGCACCGUUCAAGAACCAGCUUGUCAUGCGGACGGCAUCGCUUUACAUCUCCUACGUGAAUUGCGUUCAUCUCUCCCAGGAAGGGAUCUCAAGACGCCAAAUUGUUGAAGCGCAAAUGAGUCUGAGUGGGUUCACUUCUUUUUUCGAGGUUCUUUGCAAACAUUUAGCGGCAUAUUACGAUUGGAAGCUCAACGAGGAAACUCCGAAAAAGAAUUCACCGCACAAGAAGCGCAAGAGGGAGGUCAAGGAAAGCCAGCACACCAAACUGAACCAAGUGAGUGCGCAAGAGCGUCUUCAGAAUCAAGAGAAACAGAGAGAGAAGCUCCAGAAAACUUGGGAAAACAUGGGUAUCAGCAACGAUGAUCCCAGGCAUCAAGUUGUCAGCUUCGGAGAUCCAGCCAUCUAUCUACCUUCGCACAUCGGCUCCCAUGUCAAGCCCCACCAACUGAGAGGUGUUCAGUUCAUGUGGCGAGAAUUGAUCGAAGACGAGAACCAGCAAGGAUGUCUGCUUGCCCAUACCAUGGGUCUGGGAAAGACUAUGCAAGUAAUCUCGCUCCUUUCGACAGUUGCCGCCGCCGCAGCUUCAGAUGACAUACGCAUCCGCAAGCAAAUCCCUGAACAUCUUCAUCGGUCUCAAACACUAGUUCUCUGUCCCUCGUCAUUAAUUGACAAUUGGCUUGAGGAAUUCCAGAUGUGGACGCCGAUGAAACCCAACCUCUUGGGGCCCAUGAGAAAGAUAACGGCCACGUUAAAGCUCGAGAAACGUUUGAAAAAGGUCGAGGAUUGGAAUAAAGAAGGCGGGAUUUUGAUAAUGUCUUAUGACAUCUUCCGAACUUGGAUCUUGAAUAAGGAAACAAAGGCAAGAGGCAGGCUGUUCCUAGACCAAGAGAGUGAUCAGGACGCUGUGCAAGGACAAGCCAAGGGCUGGAAGUGUCUUUCGGAUGAGCAGCAUGAACGCGUCAAGAAAUGGCUACUUGACGGGCCUAGUAUCAUUGUGGCUGAUGAGGCUCACAAGAUGAAGAAUGUCAACACUGGGAUUGCGCAAGCCGCAGUCCAAUUCCGCUCCAAGAGUCGGAUUGCAUUGACUGGGUCUCCUCUCGCGAACAACUUGACCGAUUACUACACAAUGGUCAGCUGGAUUGCUGAGGGUUAUCUUGGGGAGUAUAAAGAGUUCAAUGCCAAUUACGUGGAACCCAUUGAAGAAGGGCUUUACGCCGAUAGCACACAUUCUGAGAGAAGGAAGUCGCUUGUGAAGCUCCAGGUUCUUAAAGAAAUUCUUGAACCCAAGGUCAACCGUGCCGAUAUUUCUGUGCUCGCCGGAGACCUUCCGCCAAAGGUGGAGUUCGUCAUUACAAUUCCCCUGACCAAGCUCCAGAAGGAGGCAUACAACUUAUAUGUGAACGCUGUAUAUGGCGAGGUUGGAGAUGUGGGCAAUCCGAAGCUGUGGUCUUGGCUGGCGAUUCUGGGCCUUUGUUGCAACCACCCCAAAUGCUUCUUGGAUAAGCUUAACAAUCCCACCGACGAGCCGCCAAAACAGGGACAGGCCGCUUUGCCUGGGGAGGAGUCAAUCGAUCAAGUGGGUCUACCGGAUUCAGAGAGUUUGGUCUCCCGACAAAGGCCUCUUUUUGCCGCCGUCCCUGAUAUUAAGGCGUUGGACCUCUCAUACCGGACACUGAUGUUGAACAAGAUCGCCGCAGAGUCUGUGAAGACUGGAGAUAAGGUUCUGAUCUUUUCCCAUAGCCUUCCGACACUGGAUUACAUCGAGGAUGUUCUUAAGCGCUCAAACUUGAAAUACUGUCGCUUGGAUGGACGGACGUCAAUGGGCAGUCGGCAGACCGCUACCAAAGCAUUCAACAAGCCGGGGCCUGAGCAAAUAUACAUCAUAUCGACACGUGCUGGUGGCUUGGGUCUGAAUAUCCCUGGCGCCAAUCGCGUGAUUAUCUUCGACUUCCAGUUCAACCCAGUCUGGGAAGAACAAGCGGUGGGACGUGUCUACCGUUUAGGUCAACGAAAACAUGUGUUUGUCUACAGGUUCAUUUCCGGCGGCACCUUCGAAGAGAAAAUCUUUGGAAAAGCAAUCUUCAAGAGCCACCUGGCUAAUCGCGUGGUUGACAAGAAGAACCCAGUCCGCUGGGCAAACAAAUCCGUAGGGGAAUAUCUUAAACCAGCGGGCUCUGUUCCUCAGAAAGAUCUCACCGAAUUCAUCGGCAAGGAUCCCCUUGUCCUCGACAAGAUCAUCCAGAGCGACAACGGGCCUGAGAAGAUCAUUCGAAAGAUCACUCUUACGGAGACUUUACAAAGAGAAGACAACGACAAUCUCACCGAGGAAGAGAAGCAAGGUGUUCAGAUGCAUCUGAGCGAAGAACGUCUUCGGCGCACAGAUCCCCGUGCAUACCAAGCCUUGAUGAUGGAACGGGCAGCCGCAGCACAAGCAAAACAAGCAGCGUCAUGGGCGGUCAGCGCUCAGGUUCAAGCGAACCAACCGAACCCAUAUUACAUAGACCAGAGAGGGACCACACACUCGAGCCUGUCGCAUCAUCCUCAUCCUCCGCAACUAUCGCACAAUAUUGGCCCGCGACCUCUGCCGCCAGACACUAGCAUUUCUCGGCCAGUCCCAGCCUCUCCUGUAAAUAAUAGCGGUCAUCCUUUCCCUGUACCGUCAUCGCAUGCGCAUCCCCCAAUUUCUGACAAUACCACCACCUCAAUCGCCGGGUCUGCUCCGCAAAAACGUCCGUCGCUGCCAUCGAAACCCUCCGUCAAUACUGCCUCGGUAACUGCUCCCGCUCCUCCUCAACGCCCGCCACCAUCGAACGCUGACACGUCCCAAGGUCUGAAUCCGACGUCCGCUGCCUCGAAUCAACCUGGAAGAAACAAGGAGGCGGCAAGUACCGGCAGUGACACAAUGUCAAUCGAUGGGGACGAUUCCGGAGAUGAGCAGGCUUUCGAAAGCCCACCGGAGGAAAGGCCUGCGGCUGGGAACAAUGCAAAAUCGACAAAAGCAAAGACCAAUUGCAACACUCAGUGA